AUGAGUUAUUCUUCAGAUGAAGAUGAAAUUGUUCUUUCUAGAAUUCCAAAGAGAACUAACAGAAUUAACAGCAAUAAUAGUAUAAAUGGAAAUACUUCAACAUCUCCAAGUUCUAUAAACGACGAAAGUGAAGAUGAUGAUUUACCAUUACAUAAAGUUGCUAGAAAACAUACUAGUACGCGUAAGAAACUAAGUCUGGAUGAAGAUGACGAUUAUAGUGAGGAUGAUACGCUUACCAUAAAAAAGAGAAAGGUUGCCAAGAAUGGAUCAACAAAGUCUUCACCAACUAAAAAAAUCAAAACUGAAAGUACAACUAAGACAAAGAAAGCUGCAAAGAAAAAGGAAACACCACUGACUCCAAAGAAAGCAACAGCAUCAGCAACAGCUAAGAAGGCUACAAAAGUCAAGUCAUCACCAUCAUCUAUAAAAGCUGAAAUUAAAGAAGAAACUCCUCUGACUCCAGGUUCUCAAAGAGAAAAUGGCAAUGAGGAAGAAUCAGAAGAAACUUAUAAAUGGUGGGAAGCUCAAGAUUUAGAUGGAGAAAUAAAAUGGGAACUGCUACAUCACAAUGGGGUCAUGUUUCCUCCAGAAUAUGAACCAUUACCUUCUCAUAUCAAAUUAUAUUAUGAUGGGAAACCAGUAUCACUCCCACCGGCAGCUGAAGAAGUUGCUGGAUUUUUCGGAGCUAUGGUCGAAACUGAUCAUGCCAAAAACCCCACAUUUCAAAAGAAUUUCUUUGAAGAUUUCAAACAAGUAUUAAAAGAAUGUAAUUGGGAUGGAGUUGAAAUUAAAUCAUUUGAAAAAUUGGAUUUCUCCAAAAUGUAUGCAUAUUUUGAACAACUUCGAGAAGAGAAAAAAGCCAUGUCAAGAGAUGAAAAGAAAGCCAUCAAAUUAGCAAAAGAAAAAUUAGAAGAACCUUUUAAAACAUGUUAUCUUAAUGGAAGAAAAGAACUUGUGGGGAAUUUCAGAAUCGAACCUCCAGGAUUAUUCCGUGGUCGUGGUGCCCAUCCAAAGACUGGGAAAUUGAAAAGAAGAGUAUAUCCCGAAGAUGUGACACUUAAUCUUAGUAAAGAUUGCAAAAUCCCUGACCCACCGGCUGGUCAUAAAUGGGGUGAUAUCAAACAUGAUAAUACUGUGACUUGGUUAGCUAUGUGGAAAGAAAAUAUUGCCGAUUCAUUUAAAUAUGUGAGAUUUGCCGCUAAUUCAUCCGUUAAAGGACAAUCUGAUUUUAAGAAGUUUGAAACUGCCAGAAAUUUACGUCAUCAUAUUGAUGCAAUUAGAAAAGAUUAUACCAAGAUGCUUAAAUCUGAAGUCAUGCAGGAUAGACAAAUGGCCACGGCGACUUAUUUAAUUGAUGUGUUUGCAUUAAGAGCCGGGGGUGAAAAAGGGGAUGAUGAAGCUGAUACUGUUGGAUGUUGUUCUCUUAGAUUUGAACAUAUUACUUUAAAACCUCCCAAUAAGGUGAUUUUUGAUUUUUUGGGUAAGGAUUCUAUUCGAUUUUAUCAAGAAGUUGAAGUUGAUAAACAAGUAUUUAAGAAUUUAAGAAUAUUUAAAAAAUCUCCAAAACAACCUGGUGAUGAUUUAUUUGAUAGGAUUAAUCCUAGUCUUUUAAAUAAACACUUACAGAAAUAUAUGAAAGGUUUAUCGGCAAAAGUUUUCCGUACUUAUAAUGCUUCCAAGACCAUGCAAGAUCAAUUGGAUUUGAUACCUAAUGAAGGUACUGUGGCUGAAAAAGUUGUGAAAUUUAAUGCAGCAAAUAGAACCGUGGCUAUAUUAUGUAAUCACCAGCGUUCGGUUUCGAAAAAUCAUGGGAAUUCGAUUCAAAAGAUUAAUGAUAAAUUAAAAGAAUUAUUAUGGCAAAAGAUUAGAUUAAAAAAGAUGAUCUUAAUACUUGAACCAAAAUUAAAAAAGAAGGAUAUGAAAUAUUUUGAAGAAAUUGAUGAUUUGGUCAAGGAAGAUGAAGAACAUAUCCAUCAUACUAUUAUCAAAAGACAACGUGAACAAGUGUUUAAGAGAUUGGAACGUGAUAAUGAAAAAUUAAAAAUUGAAAAGAAACCAUUAUUAACUAAGGCAGAUAUCAAAGAUAAAUUAGCCAAGAUUGAUGAAUUGGAAAAAGAAUAUAAGAAAGAAUUAAAGACUGGGAAACCAGUUAUCGCUAAUAAGAAUCUCACGGUUGAAAAAUUGAAACAACAGAUUGAAACAGUUGAGAAUAGAUAUACUACCACUGCAUUACAAUUGAAGGAUAAAGAAGAUAAUUCAGAGGUUUCGUUGGGUACAUCCAAGAUGAAUUAUAUUGAUCCUAGAUUAACAGUCAUGUUUUCGAAGAAGUAUGAUGUUCCAAUUGAGAAGUUGUUUACUAAAACUUUAAGAGAGAAGUUUACUUGGGCGAUUGAAUCUGCGGAUGAAAAUUGGAGAUUCUAG